CAGAAACCGGAAGAGAUGCGUCAUCUCAUUCUUCUUCUCGUCACAAUUUCAAUGGUUUCAGCAAUGGGAUACAUUGGAGUUCUUAAAGGAAACCGCGGUUCUCCAAAGAAGCCAACUGGAGAUUGGCCAUCAAGAUUCCCACAACAUCCAGCUGGAUUUAGCUAUAAAUGCAAGAAUAGACAGUUUGAAACAUCGGGACCUUCACAAAACCAACCACCAAUUGGAAAUGACGGAGAAGAGACACCAAAACCAACUCCAAAACCAACUACUACCACAACAGUCAAGCCAACUUCACCUACCACGUUGAAAAUGACGUCACCUACUACCACUACAAAGAAGCCUGCACCAGCUGCUCCAACUGCUACAACAUUCUGGAUCAGAAGCCCAACUCCACCGAAUACUCCAGCACCAGUAGUUAAGGGAGGUGCAGCAUAUACCCUCGGACACCCACAAUUUGCUACAGUUAAGCCAGUAUCUGUAUUUGCACCAGAUGCUGCAUUGCAUCCUCUUAAUGGAGCUGCUGGAAAUAUGGACUUUGAUAUCAAACCUGUUGGAGUCCCGAAAGGCCCGAGAGCAGUUAUCGAUCCAGAUGCAUAAAGGUUUUUAAAUAAAUGAAUGAAAUUUGUUGUUUGAAA